GCGGCGGGGAUGGACGCGGAACACGCUGCCGGCCGGGACAGCGCCGAGGGAAGAAGAGGAGGACUGGGUGACUUCGUGUCUGCCCUUCCUCCCGAGAUCACAUCCCGGAUUUUCAGUGGGCUGGAUGUCGAGAGCUUGUGCCACGCGUCCGUGACGUGCAAGCGCUGGCACCGCGUCAUCGACAGCAACGAGCGGCUGUGGCGGCGCCACUGCCUGGCCGUGCGGGCCGUCUGCCACCGGGAGAUCGACUGCGACCGAGGGAACGGCUAUUCCUGGAAGAUUACAUUGUUGAGAAACUACUGGAAAAGCAAAGUGAAGCAAGAAUGGCUUAGUGGGAAAUACAGCAACAUUCCUUCACAAUUCAGUUUGCCAGAGAAAAGCAUGUAUCCAAUGGAUGCCGACACGUGGGGAGAGAUCUUGGAAGCAGAACUUGAGAGAUGAUAAACCAGUGCUGAUUCUUGCAACUCAGACAGCUUUUGCCUAUAGCAGACACACUGUUCAGCAGUUGUAAAACUGAUUUUGAACUGAUUAUGAAUUUGUGAUGAAACCUUCGCCAAAAAAUUAUGGGUGUCUUUUUUUAAUUUGCAUUUUACUGUAUUAAUUUUAUGUAAAAUUCUAAAAACAACUAAAUAUUCAGUUGUAAUUUAUAUUUAUAAAUUUAAUAUUCUACUGCACUGUCAAAAAUAUGCCGAUUUUAAUUUCACUUUGCACUUUUUGUUUUGGAAGAGAUGAUUUUUAUAUUUUAAAAAAUAAAACAAGCAAACAAAAAACAGAAAAACAACCAACCCCCAAAAACC